CAGACAAACAGGCAUUGUAAUCGAUCACCGAUAGUCACCCGGGUUAGCCGAGGCAGCAGCCGCACAGCAACCGUGACAGGAGGCCAGCUCGCCAAAUAGCUGAGGCUUGGAGUAACUUCAUAACCCCUGAAUCUUAUGGCUGAGACGGACGAUAUCUUUCUCAGGGCUAAACAUCGGACAUUCAGUGGACUCAGUAAAGAUAUCGAGCAUGAGUGGACGGGACCAUUCUACUUCAUCCAGGCUGCAGAUCCCCAGCUGGGCCUGAUGAAGGCAUGGCGAGAGGGUGACUGCGACGGUGGUGGAGAUGAAUGGGCAGAGGAAGUUGGACUUACCAAACAAGUGGUGGAAGCCAUGAACCAGUUGCGUCCUCGCCCGAAAUUUAUGGUGCUGUGUGGCGACCUGGUCCAUGCCAUGCCAGGCACCCCUUUCAGAAAUGAUCAGGAGCGAGACCUAAAGAUGGCACUGAAGGGGACAGAUCCUUCUAUCCCACUAGUGUUCGUCAGUGGCAAUCAUGACCUAGGAAACACCCCCACGCCGACGACAGUGGAGCAGUACUGCACUGCAUGGGGGGAUGACUAUUUCAGCUUCUGGGUGGGUGGAGUCCUUUUCCUGGUUCUGAACUCACAGUUGUUCUAUGAUGCUUCGGCCUGCCCUCAGUUGAAGGAGGCUCAGGAAACAUGGCUGGAUGAGCAGCUGAGCAAAGUCUCCUCUUCCUCUGCACCAAAACACAUCCUGGUAUUCCAGCACAUUCCACUGUACAUAAAGAAGCCUGAUGAGGAAGAUGACUACUUUAACCUGCAGAGGGAAGUCAGACAAAACCUGAUGGACCGAUUUAAGCGAGCUGGGGUGAAGGCGGUCUUCUCCGGCCACUAUCACCGGAAUGCAGGCGGUUGCCACGGCGGCCUCGACAUGGUCGUGAGUUCGGCCAUCGGCUGCCAAUUGGGCGAGGACACCCACGGCGUCAGGGUGGUGGUUGUGACAGCCGACCGGGUGGUCCACCGGUACCACAGCCUGGAGCGCAUGCGAACGGGAGGGAUGGACGAGGACCUCAGGAAGCUCCUGCAGGCUUGAUGGUCUGCCAAGUCUUUUCAUUAUUAUUCUUAACUAAAUGUUAUAACAAAAAUCUUUUAUGGCCCCUAGUGUUACUGUAUCAACAUAUUUUCAUUUUAUUGCACUUGGGUCAAUUUCCGAUUUGCUUCGAUUUAGAAUCAAAUUUUCUAAUAAUCCAUUCUAUCAUAAAACCUUUAUUAACUUAACGAUUUUAAUUUACCUUUAAAGGAGACAUGCAUUUUUUUCACAAUUUCUAACAGUUCCUAGGUGUCUUGACACCAUGUCCGUAACAUGCUUUUAUGAAAAUACCCAAAGCAUCAAGAAUUAGCGUUCUUGUCUUUCUGCAAUCAAUGUGCUUGCAUGGAGGCAGUUGAUACACCAUACUGUGCAUUGACACAACUUCAAAUUUUAUAUAUAUAUAUAUAUAUAUAUAUAUAUAUAUAUAUAUAUAUAUAUAUAUUUCCAUUAUAUAUAUAUAUACAUAUUUAUAGCCAACACUAAUCUUGUAUUAACACUGCAACUCUUCUUAUCUUUUGGCUUUUAUACAAUGCUUCAGUGUUUUUACUGUAAAACUGACACAUUUAACAAGAAAAUUGAACGUUGUAUAUUUUAACACAAAAAUGGGCAACCAAACCAUAUAAUUUUGUCUGUCUUGAUAGUCCGGUACCUUAUUGCUGACAUAUAAUACGAUACACCAUAGACAGGCUAACGGAAAUUAGCAUAGAUGUUGCAGUAAUUACAAACCUUCAAACAACUGCUACCCAAAGACACGGAGCAGCAAUACAUACAAACAGAGCAUAUAACAAUACUCACAGGCAUAUAACCUCUCUGCUCUGUCGAAAUGAUCGCAAUCAAUGGAUCUUACAUAGUUGGCGACCUUCUCUGAAAUCCAAGAUCCAAACCACAUUGAUAUGCUGAAGUCUCAACGUUUUAGCACUGAGGUUUAAUACAACUUUUAAGGCCUGUUUUUCCUGUUUAGCCUCCAGAUUGUUCAGCUGUAGGGGUGUUUUGAGGCUACACUGUACUGUGAAUUCUCCUUUUGAGGAAUCACAGACGGCAAACUGUGCCGAAUUGAAGCAAAAGUCCUGUGUUGUCGUAAGUCAUACUAUGCCAACGAAAUAUUGGUGCUUUUUAUGUCAUGACAUUGUACAGUGUUAUGGCAAUGUGAAGUGCAGCUACAAAUACACAGUUUUGCAACACUUGAAGCGAAGCUGUUGAUGUCUGGCAAAACUGAGAGCACUAUAUUUUUAAUGGAAAAAGCGAUUAGAACUCGCAUGUUAAUAUUAUCAAAUGUUAUUGAUCAGAACUACGAAAAAAAGGAAACUGAUUAAUCUAUGCAAUUAUACCCCCUAGGGGCUAUGAGCAGCAUUGCGAUGACAUUAGCGCAAACUGAUUGGAUGAUGAUAAAUCGUUGUCAUUGUUGUUUUUGUUUUUUGUUUUUAUUCAUGUUUAUGAGAAUUUAACAUACUACACAUGGUUCAGAUGUCUAGCAUAAAGCAGGAAUUAUUUGGUCAUUUUCAACAUCCUAAUUUUGAAUUUUAUCUAUUGCACAAGAUAAGCUUUUUUUAUAUAUCAAAUCAGUAUUAAGGUCUUAUAAUAGUUUAUUUGUGUACACAGAUAUAAACUAAUCUUCAUGUCUUGUUCCCACAACAUUCUGAGCAAAUAAUCCCUCCUGAGUUAAUUUGUUCUGUGGUGAGGAUUACAAUCUCUUUUCUUAUAUUUCAGAGCUUGAUAAUGAAUACAGAGUCGUAUCUGGUGUGUUUUUAUCCCUAUGAUCGGAUUUUCUGUGUGAUUCUUGCAACAUCUCUCCACUUAAUUUGAAGCGUCUUCACAGCACAAUAAUAAGUGAACUCAUGUUAUAAAAGCCUUAUUAAAAGAGCUGAUUUCAACACUUUGGUAGUUAUGUGUAAAUUCAUGGGAUUCGAAGCGGAGCAAAGUUGCAGCCAUCUUGCUGUGUUGCAGUCCAUCUAUAUGAAUGUAGUGAAACAACUGCUUUCUUUGUGAGUCCCAAAUGUUUCAAUUCAAUUACGCACACCGAGACUCGCACAAUCACACAGAGGUGCUGAGAUAGAGUUGUCAUGACAACCUUUUAGCAACACAUCUGUGUGUCUCGGAGAAACUGCCAGAAAGAGUGUACAUUCGUUUGUGUGCGUUUGUGUCCAUCCGCUGUCUGCUUGGUUUUACAGGUGAUUUUUCCAUCAGCAUCACUAUCACUGACCUCAUUUCACACUGACAGGUUCUGUCUCGUCCCUACCAAAAAUGUCAACAGGUGAUGGGAGGGUGAAGGGGAGAAAAACUGGCUAAUGAGCAUGAUGUGUGGAAGACAAUCUCCUUCAUUUCCUGCCUGAGAAAGAACCUUACAUGACUUGUUUUUUUUAGUUUUCCUCAUCGCCAAACUGAAAUCACAUUAAUAGCUUCACCCUGUGUCGUAGAUGUCACACAUUCGAAACGUCUUAUUGUAAUGAACGGCCAUAUAACGCCUAUGACAUGAUUGGUGGUAUUUUUUAUAAUAAAUGUUGAUUUUAAUGUGA